UGAAUGAAAUUAUCAGAGUUGGUAGCUUUCGAUCACUUGUAAUUUUGGAAGGAAUGGUUCAUUUGUUAGACCUUUUGUGUCUACAUCUUCGGUCAUCGUUGCUAUCCAGCUGACUGUCUUUGUACACGUGUACAUUCUGAAAGUCAACUCUGGGAAGCUCAAGCUAGUUCACGCCACAACUUGUAAACACACUUAUGAAAGUCACGUUCGUUCCUAUAUCUCUGGAAGGCAGAGUUAUACUGUCAUCUGAAGUGAGCCGUCAAGUCAGAGGAGAUGAUGGAAGAAAGUGGUAUUGAGAGUACGCCUCCAACCAGCCCCACACCACCACUGAGCGUGCCGCUGACUGCCAGUGCCCCCCCACUGAGCAUGGGUUUAUCGAGUCCCCUACCUUCUACGCUGGCCGGCUCCAUCUCCAUGGGCUCUCCUGCCAUCUCCACCUCUCUCCCACCUCUCCCUCCCCUUCCGUCAUUCAGCAGCCCGAUGGCCCCUCCUCUCUCCCACACUUCCCAGUUUCCUUCUGUCUCCUCAUUUGCACCCCCUUUGACCACCAGCACCUCCUUCCUCCCACCUCCUUCCCAAUCUACUCCUCCACUGACCUCCUCAUUAAUGACCCAGCCACCAUCUGGUGUGGUCACCCCUCCCGUGGGUCCUCCAGUCACCAGCUUCUCCAUGAGUGCAGGGUUUGACAUCACACGUGGCCAUGCUGGUCGUGCUCCUCAGACACCCCUGAUGCCAACGUUCUCCAGCCCAUCAGCCGUUCCAGGUGUCCUGUCUAACCCAAUGGUACAGCAGCCCACCAUGACUGGUGGACUGGAUGCCGGCUCCCCCAUUACAUUUCCAGAGGAACCAGAAGACCCCAGAGUUCCUGCAGACACCACUGGUGGUGGAGGUAUCUGGGGAUUCUUUAAGGGGGUAGCUGGGAAUCCCAUGGUCAAGACUGUACUGGACAAAACGAAGCACUCGGUGGAGUCCAUGAUCACUACUUUGGAUCCAGGCAUGGCUCCCUAUAUCAAGUCCGGAGGGGACAUUGACAUAGUUGUGUCUACGGAUAAAGAAACAAACGUGGAUGCUGUCCGGGACGCUUUUCAGGAGGUUUUUGGGAUGGCCAUGGUGACUGGAGAGCCAGGCCCAUCUAACAUUGCUCCUCAACCACUGGGAUAUACUUCGGGGGUCAAGGGGGCGCAGGAGCGCAUUGACAGUCUGAGAAGGUCUGGUGUGAUCCAUGAGAAGCAGCCCGUGGUCUCACUGGAAAACUUUCUCGCUGAGCUCUUUCCUGACAAGUGGUUCGACAUCUGCUGCCUGAUCUUGGAGGAUCCUGUUCACAGCAUUCACAUUGAGGUCUUCACUCAGGCGACGCCUGUGGCUCUGGAGUAUGUUCAGCAGGCCCAGUCUCUGACCCCUCCAGAUUACAGCCUGCGAUGGUCCGGUCUGAUCGUGACGGUGGGGGAAGUUCUGGAGCGCUGCUUGCCAAACAUCAACAGAACACAGUGGCAUCAAGCCAUGACGGGUAUGACGCAGCGCCAGAUGAUCCAGACCGCCGCCAAAUCUCUGGCUGGAAUCUACAAACAGCAGCUGCAGCAAAGAACUCUGUGACACUCCAGCGGUCCACGUGUCCCUCACACGCCGGGACCCACUGCAGAGACACUGAUAGUCGAGUGCUGACAGAGCAUGGAGGUCUGCCGCUCUUUCUUGAGGACCACAGCUUUAUCAGCUUGUUGUUGAGAUGUUCCUACUGGCGACACGGAUCUGGACACAUUUUUGUUGCCCACAUUUAAAAUAGUUGAGACCAUCACCCCACAGAUCCCAAGUCUGACUACAAUCAAUUAAAUAGCCUGCAGCAGUUAGUAUGAAAACCUGUCGCUUUAGCUUUUAAUCUCAGUUUGAAGCCACGUCAGUAGUGAAAGACAUGGUUCAAUGAUUCAGAUGCUCCUCAGAUGGUUUGUGUUCUGGCAAUUACUUCACAUAGAAUGAACAAUCGACAGCCACAGCAGGGUAGGAGUUAGGCAGCCAAACACCUCGAGGUGCUUUAUACUAUACAUAUAAGAGCUAUUUAUCUUACAAGGUGAGCUGUUGGAACAUAAAACAAGCCAAAUUUCUCCUUCCUUUAUUUGUCUGCAUCAGAGAAUUGUACCUGAAAUCUUCAAGCUUUAAACCAUUAUCUCACUUGUUGUCAAACACUGAGCAGUAUGCGUCAUUCAGUGUUUGAGUAUAGUUUCCAUCUACAAACGUAAACUGCCAACAUAAAACCUGCAUUAUCUGUAAAGUUCGGUUGAGCGCCAAACAGUUGAUAUGCUCUUCAUAGUUGAUGAUGGCGGAAAACAUUACAUGCUUUGUUGCAUUAACAGGUGUUUCUCAUGAAUUGCCCAAACCUUCUAUUAUGUAUUGCAGCUUCCCAUUUGCACUGAAGGAAAAAAAUGCAUUAAUUAAUUUAGAAUGACUUUAUUUACUUUUUAAUUUUCCUACAGAGUUCGCAUCGAGAUUAAUUUAGGUCUUGGUUUCUUAACCUUGGUGGAUUAGGUUAAAAAGGAAAUGUGUGAAGGAAAGGUGAAAGAUGGUCUUAAAUGCCGGAUGCCUUUUUGUCUAAAUACCAUUUUAAUUGUUUUGUCUUUUUCAUUUUUUUUUUUUGUUCAUUUCUGUGUUGUGAUGUGAGCGGCACCAGUGAUCCAGUUGUGUGAUUUUUAAAGUGGGAUUUUUCUAGUCAUUUAUGAAUGUGUUUGGGGCCCAAAUCAUGGGUUUUAAAAAAUAUAUAUAUAUCCUAAUGUCUUUUUUUUUUCCAACAAGCAGUGUGCCUUCUCACAUACGUUCACACUGAUUUGUGUCAAUGUGAUCUCAAUGUUGAUGCCGUUUCUGAACACUGUUGAUUUUGAGACAAGGGCCAGACGUCUCCAAAAAAACAUGAAUUAAACACUUGUGCUCA